AUGACUAGGAGGUCCAACAAGGACAACCUAGUUGAACAUCCAGAGAUAGACAAGCUUGAGAAGCAACUUAGGAAGCAGAAAGCCCAAGAGAUGGCCGACGAAGCAGCUCGCGCUCACGCCGCUGAAGUGGCGCGCGCUCAAGAAGAAGGAAGAGAUCCACCUCCUCCUCCUCCUAAUCCACAAGACCCUGCUGGAGAUGUGAAUGCACAACCCAAGCUGGAGCACCUACAAUCGGAGACUAUGACUCUGCCGAUGCUUUCUUCAUGGAUAGAAACCCUAUCCAUCCACCACCACCUGCAAGGAAUGACUAUGAGAUCAAGCCUCAGAUCAUUGCAUUGCACUACAAGAUCCAAUGGAGUCUCUGCUGACUACCUUAAGUGCAAGCUCUUUUCAUUCUCUCUUGGCGACAAAGCUUCAAGAUGGUUGAAGUCUCUGCCAGCUCACUCCAUCACCACUUGGGAUGAGUACAAGGCUGCAUUCAUCAACCACUUCUACACCAAGCAAAGAUCAAUUUCUGAGUACAUUAGGGACUGCCCUAAUCAUGGUUUCAAUGAGGGAAACCUAUGGAACAUCUUCUAUCGUGGCAUAGACCACAAGUACAAGCUUUCAUUGGACACAAGCAAUGGAAACUUCAUGACCAAGACUGUUGAUGAAGCUAAGGUUCUUAUUGAGAAUCUUGCAGCUAGUGAUUGUAACAACUGUCCUGAUUAUGACCGCUCAAGCCGCACCACUACUAGCUCCCCUGAUUCUUUUCAAAUGACUGAACUCAAGAACAUGAUGGCUCAAGUUCUUAAGGGACAGCUCAAGCAUAUCAAUGCAAUAGAAGGGAUGAGUGAUGCUAAUGAAGAUUCAUCAAGAGAAUGCAUGGGAGAUUUCUCUAAUGAAGCCAAUGAAGAAGAUGUGAACUACAUUGGAAACUAUGGGAACAAGGGAUACAAUCCAAGCUAUCGCCCAAACCCCAACAUGUCUUAUAGAAACCCCAAUGUGGAGAAUCCUCAAGACCAAGUGUAUCCUCCAAGGUAUCCACAACAACAAAGACCUCCUUACCAAUCUCAAGGAAGUCAAUUUCAGCCAAGGCAAGGAUAUGAGCAGAGAUCAUCAUAUCCGCCCAAGGAGCCAUAUGCUUCUUCACCAAAUCAAGCUCCUCCAAACCAACAAGGUGGGAGAUUUGAAGGAAUCCUCCAACAGAUCAUGGAUGGCCAGAAGAGAAACACUAAAGAGAUGUAUGAGAAGAUGGACACUUUGUUCAGCAAUCUCAACACCAAGUAUGAUGCUGUUGCCACUCAUGUGAAGAAACUAGAGACUCAAGUCACUCAAACUAUGGAAGCUGUUAAGAGACAGGAAGCUGAAUCCAAGAAGUCCUUUUGCAACUCAGCCGCCAUAGAAGAAAGAUUUGAAGACCAAGUUCCAGAAUGGAUGCUUUCAAAACCUACUGUUGAUUGCAUGAUUUGGCCUGAAGAGAAUUACCCAGAGAGAGAGUCCAAUCGAGCUAGAAAGAGAAGACUCUUCCCAAAGAUUAUCCCCAAGACAGAUAACUCAGGAAAGUUUGUGUGCCUUGUAUCAUCAAAGAUUGGAAAUUGCUCUAUCCCUACUGAUUUCCAGAUUGUGGAAAUGAGAGAGAGUAGCCAUAGACCUCUCAUAUUUGGAACCCCUUUCCUGUCUACUGUGGGUGCCAUAUUUGAUUUCCCCAAUCAAAGAAUCUCUUUCAACAAGGUGAACAAGGGUAUGUUCUUCCCUAUGUGUUCAACAAAGAACUCUUUUGUUGACAUGGUCCAAGAGGAGAAAGCUACUUUGAAGCCACCCCAAGAAGGAGAAACUGAAGAAACAAUCAAGGAAGAUCCCAUUCCUAAGCCCAAGCAGCUUGCCAAACAAGCAAGGAGUAAGACUAAGGCCCCUACACCAAAACCGCCCAAGGGAUCAACCAAGAUUGAAGAUGAGGCCAAGCCAAGAAGGAAGGUUAGAAAACCUAGUAGUGCCAAGGGACAUUCAUGGAGAGAUUGUCUAUCCAGCUGUGAAUCACCCACCAGAUACUCAUUGCAAGGAGAAAAGACUUGGAGGAUCAAAGAUGCCUCUUGUCUCCAUCUUCUCCUGAGCGCCAAGCCUUACAGUCAAGCUAAAGACUUAAAACAAGCGCUGCAUGGGAGGCAACCCAUGAGAAGGAGAAAAAGGUGUGAAAACACAAUCCGCGCCAAAACAUUGGCCGCGGACGCGCAAAAGAAUUUUGGCCGAGCAAUUCUCAUCUGGCCGACCGUACGGUCGAGCCGGGAAGGAAUAGCCGUGCUCGGCCGGAUCACUAUUGCGCGACAGAAACCGUUCGCGCGACACGCACGAACCGGGAAAGAAGGCCGCGAUCGGCCGAAAUUUUCGUAUCGGAACGGACCGACCGUGCCGGUCGAUCCGGGAAACAACGAUCGGCCUCGGCCGAAAUCUCUCGACCAAACAAAAUUUGGCCGACCAAAUCGCUCGACCGCGACAAAAUCCAUCGGCCAUCGGCCCAAAACUUUUCUAGGCCAAGGUAAGUACACAAUGGCAAAGACAAAAGGAAAUGAGAGUAUGAAGAAGAAGAAGAACCCAUUCAUGGAACCACCAAAGAAGCAAAUCAAGCUAGGGAGUAGUAGCUCCAAUGCAAGAGCAGCAAUACCAACUUCACCACAUUCCAUUGAUGCAAUCAAGAACAUGUGGAGAGUCCAAGAAGAGGAGAAGAUGAUUGGGCACUUGUAA